GGCUAGCCGUACGCACUGGGAAGGAAGAUAGCGGCAACAAUAUGGCGACAUCCGCAGUUUCUCCUGGGUCUUUUUAAACAUCCUUAGGCACGCAAGAUCUACAUGUAUCUCUCUUAAUGCGGAAAAAAGCUAGCUGUCCUGACUGGCUUCUAAAUAAAGAGGACUCUGCUGCAGGAUGACAAUAUGGCUGCGCAGCUGCUUGCACCUCCAGGCCCCGAUAGCUUCAAGAGGUUUACCCCAGAAUCUUUGGCCAACAUCGAGGCGCGCAUCGCUGAGGAGCAGAAAAAGAAGCCUGUUAAGCCCAGAUCUGAUAGCAGUCACCGUGAUGACGAUGAUGACAACAAACCGAAGCCCAACACUGACUUGGAAGCAGGGAAGAGCGUGCCCUUUAUUUACGGGGACGUUCCUUCUAACAUGUUGGCUGUGCCCCUGGAGGACUUGGACCCCUUCUAUUUGAACAAAAAAACCUUUAUAGUGCUUAACAAAGGAAAAACUAUCUUCCGUUUCAGUGCCACGCCCUCGUUAUAUAUCAUUAGUCCUUUUAGCCUAUUCAGGCUAAUAGCAAUUAAAAUUUUGAUACACUCACUUUUUAGCAUGAUCAUCAUGUGUACAAUUUUGACAAAUUGUGUCUUCAUGACAUUCAGCAAUCCUCCAGAAUGGUCCAAACAAGUAGAAUACACCUUCACAGGAAUCUACACUUUUGAGUCACUCACAAAGAUUGUGGCUCGAGGCUUCUGUAUAGACGGCUUCACCUUCCUCAGAGACCCAUGGAACUGGCUGGAUUUCAUGGUCAUCUCUAUGGCGUAUAUUACAGAGUUUGUAAACCUAGGCAAUGUGUCAGCUCUGCGCACAUUCAGGGUACUGAGGGCUUUGAAAACUGUUGCUGUGAUCCCAGGGCUGAAAACCAUUGUGGGUGCUCUGAUCCAGUCAGUGAAGAAGCUGUCAGAUGUGAUGAUUCUGACUGUGUUCUGCCUGAGUGUAUUUGCCCUCAUCGGUCUACAGUUGUUCAUGGGUAAUCUUCGGCAAAAGUGUGUCAUCUGGCCAUACAAUCAUACUGAGUCCUACCUGGCCAAUGGGAGCAGGGGCUUUGACUUCAAUGAAUACAUCAUGGAUAAAAAAAACUUCUACUUUCAGCCAGGCAUGCUGGAUGCGCUGAUAUGUGGAAACAGCUCAGAUGCAGGACGGUGUCCGGAGGGCUAUACUUGCAUGAAGGCUGGACGCAACCCAAACUAUAACUACACUAGCUUUGACUCCUUUGGUUGGGCUUUUCUUGCCCUCUUCCGACUCAUGACACAAGACUUCUGGGAGAAUCUGUACCAAUUGACUCUGCGAGCUGCUGGGAAGACGUAUAUGAUCUUCUUUGUACUGGUGAUCUUUGUGGGAUCGUUCUACCUGGUGAACCUGAUCCUGGCUGUGGUGGCCAUGGCUUAUGAAGAGCAGAACCAGGCCACCAUGGAGGAGGCAGAACAGAAGGAGGCUGAGUUUAAAGCCAUGCUGGAACAACUGAAAAGACAACAGGAGGAGGCACAGGCCAAUGCCAUGGCAACCUCGGCAGGUACAGUAUCUGAGGAUGCAGUAGAGGACGACGGAGGAGGGCAUCUAUCCCGCAGUUCCUCUGAGGCGUCCAAGCUGAGCUCCAAGAGUGCCAAGGAGCGAAGGAACAGAAAGAAAAAGUGGAAGAAAGAACAGGAGGAGAAAGGUGAUUGUGAGAAGGUGGUAAAGUCAGAAUCUGAUGACGGCAGCAAGAGAAGCCGCUUCCGUUUCAGAGACAACAGGCUUGGGCGGAAGGCCUCAAUUAUGAACCAGUCCCUGUUGAGCAUCCCUGGCUCACCCUUCAUGUCCCGCCGCAGCAGUAUAUUCAGCUUCAAGGGAUCGGAGAACGAGUUCGCAGAUGACGAGCACAGCACAGUCGAGGAGAGUGAAGACCGCCGUGGCUCCCUCUUUGUCCCGUACAGGCGCAGCAGCUACAGCGGCUACAGCCAGGGUUCCUCACGCAUUAACCCACUGGCACCCCACCUAGGCUGCAAGAGAAACAGCACGGUGGACUGCAAUGGAGUGGUGUCUCUGAUCACGCCUGGGCCUGGCCGGCUACUGCCUGAGACUACAGAGGUGGAGGGAAAGAGAAAGCACUCAGGUUCUCUAAUGGUGUCGGUUGACCAGCUCAAUACUUCCUUUAGCCGGAAAGAGCGAGCCAACAGUGCUAUGACUGUUGUCACCAACACGUUGGUGGAAGAGCUGGAGGAGUCUCAGAGAAAAUGUCCGCCCUGCUGGUAUAAGUUUGCUAACAUAUUCUUGAUAUGGGAGUGCUGUCCUAUCUGGAUAAAGAUAAAAGAGAUAAUGAACCUCAUAGUGAUGGAUCCGUUUGUAGACCUGGCUAUCACUAUAUGUAUUGUGCUGAACACAGUCUUCAUGGCCAUGGAGCAUUAUCCCAUGACACCACACUUUGAGGAAGUGCUUUAUGUCGGAAAUCUGGUGUUCACAGGAAUCUUCACAGCUGAAAUGUUUGCCAAGCUGGUAGCCAUGGAUCCAUACUACUACUUCCAGGAGGGCUGGAAUAUCUUUGAUGGCUUCAUUGUGAGCCUGAGUUUGGUGGAGCUGGGGCUGGCUGAUGUAGAGGGCCUGUCUGUGCUCAGAUCCUUCAGAUUGCUGAGGGUGUUUAAGCUGGCUAAAUCAUGGCCCACUCUGAACAUGCUGAUCAAGAUUAUUGGUAACUCUGUGGGAGCUUUGGGGAACCUGACCCUGGUGCUGGCCAUCAUCGUCUUCAUCUUUGCUGUGGUGGGCAUGCAGCUGUUUGGGAAGAGCUAUAAAGACUGUGUGUGUAAGAUUGCCCAAGAGACCUGCAAGCUUCCCCGCUGGCAUAUGAAUGACUUUUUCCACUCCUUCCUUAUUGUGUUCCGGGUGCUGUGUGGAGAAUGGAUCGAAACCAUGUGGGACUGUAUGGAGGUGGCUGGACAAACAAUGUGUCUCACUGUAUUCAUGAUGGUGAUGGUCAUUGGAAACUUGGUGGUGCUGAACCUGUUCUUGGCCUUGCUGCUCAGCUCCUUCAGUGCUGAUAAUCUGGCAGCCACAGAUGAUGACGGUGAGCUGAACAACCUGCAGAUUUCAGUGAUCCGCAUUAAGAAGGGUAUCGCUUGGUUUAAAAUUCACAUGCGUCUCCUGGUGGCCCACAUCAUGAAGAAGAAACCUUUGGAAGAUGAAGACAAACCUCUUGACGACAUGUAUGACAAAAAACUCAACAUCAUAGGUAACCACACCGGUGUUGACAUCAAAUGUGGCGAUCUGAACUACGCCAAGAACGGUAAUGGCACCACAAGCGGCAUUGGUAGCAGCGUAGGAAAGUACAUGAUUGAUGAGGAGCCCAUGUCCUUCAUACACAACCCCAACCUAACGGUACGGGUUCCCAUCGCUUUGGGAGAGUCGGACUUUGAGAACCUCAACACAGAGGACUUCAGCAGUGAGUCGGAUGUGGAAAAUAGCAAAGAUCUGGAUGACACCAGCUCUUCAGAGGGAAGCACUAUCGACAUAAAGCCUGAUAAGGAGGAGAUGGCUGUAGUGGAGGUCGUGGAGGAGUACUUAGACCCAGAGGCCUGCUGGACUGAUGCCUGUGUGGCACGGUACAAAUGCUGUGACGUGCCUAUCACCGAGGGCUGGGGAAAAUACUGGUGGUUCCUGAGGAAAACUUGCUACCUCUUAGUUGAACACAACUGGUUUGAGACAGUCAUCAUUUUCAUGAUUCUGCUGAGCUCUGGAGCUCUGGCAUUUGAGGAUGUAUACAUUGAACAGAGAAAAACCAUCCAGGUCAUUCUAGAAUAUGCAGACAGAGUCUUCACAUACAUCUUCAUCCUGGAAAUGUUGCUGAAAUGGGUAGCCUAUGGCUUUGUCAAAUACUUCACCAAUGCAUGGUGCUGGCUGGACUUCUUCAUUGUGGAUGUGUCUAUAGUCAGCCUUAUAGCUAAUGCGCUGGGCUACUCAGACUUGGGCCCCAUAAAGUCCCUGAGGACUUUGAGGGCUCUCAGGCCCCUGAGAGCUUUGUCCCGGUUUGAGGGCAUGAGGGUUGUCGUGAAUGCUUUGGUGGGUGCCAUUCCCUCCAUUAUGAAUGUGCUGUUGGUGUGUUUGAUCUUCUGGCUGAUCUUCAGUAUUAUGGGUGUCAACCUGUUCGCUGGGAAGUACUAUUACUGCUUCAAUGAGACAUCAGAAGAGUAUUUUAAAGAUGACAUUGUCGACAACAAGACAGAAUGUUUUGCGCUCAUCAAUGCAAACCACACAGAGGUUCGCUGGAAGAAUGUGAAGAUCAACUUCGAUAAUGUGGGUGCAGGUUACCUGGCACUCUUGCAAGUGGCCACAUUCAAAGGCUGGAUGGACAUCAUGUAUGCUGCUGUGGAUUCCAGAAAGGUUGAGGACCAACCCAUCUAUGAGGACAACAUCUACAUGUAUAUAUAUUUUGUCAUCUUCAUAAUCUUUGGGUCCUUCUUCACUCUGAAUCUUUUCAUUGGUGUCAUAAUUGACAACUUUAACCAACAGAAGAAAAAGUUUGGAGGUCAGGAUAUCUUCAUGACUGAAGAACAGAAAAAGUACUACAAUGCUAUGAAGAAACUGGGCUCAAAGAAACCCCAGAAACCCAUCCCUAGACCUCUGAACAAAAUCCAGGGGAUGGUAUUCGACUUUGUCACUCAGCAGGCCUUUGACAUUUCCAUCAUGAUCCUCAUCUGUCUUAACAUGGUAACCAUGAUGGUGGAAACUGAUGAUCAGUCAGAUGAGACAGAGAACAUUUUGUACUGGGUAAACUUCAUAUUCAUUGUAGCCUUCACUGGCGAGUUUGUCCUGAAACUCUUUGCUCUGCGACACUACUAUUUCACCAAUGGUUGGAAUGUCUUUGACUCUGUUGUCGUCAUUCUGUCCAUUGUGGGUAUGUUCCUGGCAGACCUCAUUGAGAAGUACUUUGUGUCACCAACUUUGUUCAGGGUCAUCCGUCUGGCUCGAAUUGGCCGUAUUCUGCGUCUAAUCAAAGGAGCCAAGGGCAUCCGGACAUUACUGUUUGCUUUGAUGAUGUCACUUCCUGCUCUGUUCAACAUCGGCCUGCUGCUUUUCCUAGUCAUGUUCAUCUUCUCCAUCUUUGGCAUGUCUAAUUUUGCAUAUGUGAAACGAGAAUUAGGAAUUGAUGACAUGUACAACUUUGAAACUUUUGGCAACAGCAUGAUCUGUCUAUUCAUGAUCACCACGUCAGCUGGAUGGGAUGGCCUCUUGGCUCCUAUCUUGAACUAUCCACCUGACUGUGACCCCGAGAAAGAGAAUCCAGGAACCACAGUCAAGGGCAACUGUGGCAAUCCCUCAGUGGGCAUCUUCUUCUUUGUAAUGUACAUUAUUGUGUCCUUCCUGAUUGUGGUGAACAUGUACAUUGCUAUCAUCUUGGAGAACUUCAGUGUUGCCACCGAGGAGAGUGCUGAUCCACUGUGCGAAGAUGACUUUGAGUCCUUCUAUGAAAUCUGGGAGAAGUUUGACCCAGAUGCUUCACAGUUUAUCACCUUCGCCAAGUUGCCAGACUUUGCAGAUACAUUAGAACAUCCACUCCGUGUGCCAAAGCCAAACAUCAUCGAGCUGAUCGCCAUGGACAUGCCCAUGGUGAGUGGCGACCGCAUUCACUGCUUGGAUAUUCUGUUCGCUUUUACCAAGCGUGUGCUGGGAGAUAGUGGGGACCUGGACAUGAUGCGACAGCAAAUGGAGGAGCGCUUUGUGGCGGCGAAUCCCUCUAAGAUGUCAUACGAGCCCAUCACUACCACGCUGCGGCGUAAGCAGGAGGAGGUGUCAGCCAUCAUCAUCCAGAGGGCAUACAGAGCCCACCUGGCGCGCAGAGGCUUCAUCUGCAAACGUAGGCCUGCCAACAACAAACGGAACGGAGAGAACGGAGGGAACAAUCAGGAGAAGAAAGAGGGCACGCCUUCCACUGCAUCCCUGCCGUCCUAUGACAGUGUAACCAAGCCCGAGAAGGAGAAACAGGACGACAACAAUGAAGGCAAGGGCCGCAAGGAAAAGGGCCGAAACCAAAAAGACGUCAGGGAAUCCAAGUGUUAAGACUGCUGCGGUAACACUCGUGGACAGCGAUAAUGAUCAUGACAUGAUAUUAUAACAAAAACUGUCAUAUCAAGCGACUGGAAACCCUGAAUCAAACUAUACAGAUGUACAGAUUACUUUCAUUUAAGAGGAAAAAACAAAGCCGAAUUAACACGACAAAAAAAUGUUUACAAACGUCACUGGCAUAUCGAGGCGAAGAAAAGUGUUGGGGUUCCUCAAAGCUUGAAGAAACUUACAAGUUAAACCAAACAUAAUCAGCUUCCUGUGUGACACUGUUGCAUCAACACUCAAUUUAAACAGAAUCAAAUAUUAUUUAAAAGACCGAUACUUGAUCGAGUGUAUUUUAGAGGGCUAUAUUCCGCUUCAAUAUGGAACUCUUUACCGAGCAGCAAUGUGAUAAUCCAAGGGAGAACUAGGAUCGAAUCCCAUGCUUCUGAACUGCGUCUGUGAAGUUUCCAUGCAGAAAACAAACACAGCUAUUCAUGAAUGGAUCAGCUUCCCGAAGCGGAUGGCGAAGGAGUUUCAUUUCAUAUACGUGUCAGAACUCGACGUUACUGUGAGAGUGAGCAAGAUAGACAGUCUGGCUGAUUCCAACGGUCUCUUUGCGUUUGUUAGCAUUGAAUAUAUAUUUACACGGUCUUUAAAUUAUUUGAGCGGCAAAAAAAGGAGAAAACAGGAGGGAAAAUAUGGAUAUAACAUUUUGCCCAUGUCACCCUCAGUAACUGUGUCAUGAUAACUUUGUUAUGCCUGCAUCAAAAGGCUUUUUUUACAUGGGCUUUCACACCGAUAGGACCGGGGGCAAAAACCAGGGGCCCCCAAUACACAUCUCCAAAUGAAUAAUAAAUUACUGUGCUUGUUCAAUGCAUAGAAAUGACUUGCAUGAUGGCAUGUUUUGAUCAGAAAUUUUGCAUGAGUAAUCAUAGUCCACAAAACACUAAUACAGACCACCAAAGUGGCUUGAUGAUGUUUUAUGCUGUCCACUGGCUAGAUUUACAUCCAGAAAUCAAAUUUAAUUUGAAAACCCAAUUUGGCUCCUCUACUUAACAUUACGAAAUAGAUUAUCACACAUUAGGACAGAAUUUGGGAUUGGCUUCAGAUGGUGCAAAUGCCUGUGACUAAUCAGUGGCUUAUAUACAUUGAAACAAAUACUCGCAUUGUGGCACAUUAUUGGAGAGGAAGGAUACAAGGGACAUCCCAUUUUGUGCUGCUCAGGAGAUAAUGAAUGGGAAGACUAAAUGUGUCGGAAUGUGUGUGUGGAGACAGGAGAAAAAUGAUACAAAAUAACACUGUAAUUCCUAAAGCUUCUUGUUUUAUUUGUAUGCAGCAAUAUCACUUGCCUCACCUACAGCACUGCCCGCGCUGCGGGUCAUAUGGUAGGUGGGUUCAGACUCCAGGGAGGGGCAAGAGGGUGGGGGGCAAAAGUUUGGGCAUUAUUAGGGGUGUAGCAAGUUGGUUGGCAUUUUUAAUCCUCAUCAGGGAUUAGAUGAGACAAGCUAUAACUGUUUCUGGGAAAGUGGCAGUUUUUUAUUUUUAUUUUUAUUUUAGAAAAAUAGAAUUUUUUAGAGAUUUUUAAUUUAAAUUUUUACAUGCUAUAUUUCUUUAAAGAAUAUUGCAGUGUGUCUAUGUCUAGACUCGUCCUGGUUUGUCCCUCAAGGGUCAUCCGGAUGUUUUUUGUGUAUGAAGCCAUCGCAUCUUCAACAAUGGUUUGAUUGUAGCCAGGACAAAGGGACAGGACUUGAGAGAGACAGAUGGAUGGUUGGGAAGUCACAGCUGUUUAAGUAGAAGCCAAAGAUGUUUGUCUGAUUAUCUGGUGUGUGCAAUUUGUGUCUGGAAGUUUCUGGAAUGUCUCCGGGGUGGAGUGAUCCUCUCCUGCGUAACACUUUCAGACAGACUAAUGCUAGUUGACUUUCCCCAUUAUUCUCAGGAUACAACACAGUGUAUCAUGUCACUCUGAUGUCAUCGUCAAGGGCCUCCACUAGGUCCGGAGAAUGUUUAUAAUCGAGUUUGUGUGGAGCUAAAGCAGGAGCGCUCCCACCACAUUGAACUCUCAUGUGGAGAGAAGAGUAGGGCUAUCUGACACAGAGACACAGAGCCGAGCUUCAGAGUUUUCAGACAGCAGGAAAGGUGUUGUUGUGGAGUUGAUGAUGAAAUGAGAUCCAGACUGAGAAUAUUGCUAAUUCUCACCACAUUAAAUGUGCAGUUAUUCGACCCCUGGUCAGCCUUUUUUCUCUUCAGUACACCACUACACAAAUUCCAAAUAACCAUUCGGCACUUGUCACACAGCAGCUUACUGUGAGCCGGGCAGCUCCACACAUCAAAGUGACUACAUUUUUUUUUUGGUUUCUUUUAGUGAUGUAAGCAGUCUUUCCUUACCCUUCAUCUGGUGUUGAUGGUCCAGUUGCUUCAUGUGAGGGUGUUGACCUGAACCAAAACAAAACAAAAACUCUGCUCAGCAAAGCUCAACCAUUCUCAUUUAAGCAGCCACGCAGGCUCUGUAUAAACGACAACAACAAAAAAGAACCAACAACAGAUCACACAUUCAUUUAAAAAAAACUAAAUGAAUGAAAAAUUCAUUUAAAACAUGUAUUGUACUGUAUAGGCUAUGUUGUAAGCGGCACAAAAUGCUGAAAAGUUAAGAAUGAACUUUUUAAGAGACUAUAAAUAAUGUAAUAUAUAAUUUUAUUUUAACAGCAUGCAUAGUUUUUUUGUAAAUACAGAAAUACUUAAAAAAAAUUACUGCUAUUAAUCUAAUACUGAAAAAUAAUUAUAACCCUAAUAGAAUGGCUUCGCUCAUUGCCCUGGUCUCAUUAGGUAGACUGUGACAUAUUUGUUAGAAGGUGUAGAUUUUUCUGACACACUUUUCACAUUUAAGAGUGGAAUCCAAUAUGUUAAAUGCAAAAAGUAUAUAUUAACCUAUACAUAAAUCAAGGCAUAUUUAUAUAUAUAUGUAUGUAUACAUGUAUAUGUACAUAUGUGUAUAUAUAUGCACACAUAUACAUAUGUAUGUAUAUAUGAUAUGAGAGCACUGUCCUCCUCUUCUGCUUGGAGUGGAGGUGAAGCACUACUGGCUGUCGUUUGCUCACGUUCUUCUUUCUUUCGUGCAAUACGUUCAGUGAACGGCCAAAACUCUGACCUGGCCCACACAGUGUGUGCUUGUGUGUGUGUAUUUGAGACGUCUGGGUUUGAGCGAGUGUUGUCUGUGUGCGUGCACAGGUCUAGCUUUCAAUGCACGGUGAUGUAGUGGCUGCUCGCUAUGGCUUAUGUCACCCAUUUUUGGGAGGGGAAUGGAAUACCAGCAAUUCAUUUACACCCUGUGUGAAUACGUCCUACCAUCUCUAACUCACAUACUACGUACAUAUGCACUGGACGCCACAUGUUUUCCCCCAUAAACCCUGUUUUCAUCUUCUGACCUAAUCACCAAAUGCCAUGAUCUUUCAGUCCGAGUCUGAGAGCGAGUGUGUGUGCGCGUGUGAGCGUAGGGAGGAGGGGAUGAAGUGUCCGUGACGGUUUGGUCACUUUAAAUGUGUGAUGCAGCUUGAGUUAAGCUUAGCUUGUUCUUCAUCUCUUAGAUACACAGCAAUGCAAUUUGCAGUCUUAGGUUUUUGUUAGGCUUUUUAUUGCUUUUCUUGUCUUUGUAUGUUUGUUUAAGGUGCCUUUUGCUGCCAAUUUUGUUUGUCAAAAAUGUAGAUGAUGUUGCAUAAAAUUCUCCUAAACAAGUGGAGCUUGUUUCAAAUGAGCACUGGGAGAAAGAACUGAACUAAAGAAUGUCUGUGACAUCUAUUAAAAAGCAAAAAAUAAAUAAAAAUAAACUUAAUAAAAAAGACAAAAUACAAAAAAAAAAAAAAAAAAAAAGCAGAAACAAAUAAAAUAAAAAAAGAAAACUUAACUGGCAUCAGCCUGACUUCAUCAGAGAUUGUCAAAUAGCAUGGGGCAGGAAAUAGAGUGCGUUGGUCACUCAGUGAAUCUCUUAAAAGUUGAGUCUGUAGAAAGAGAAACAGUUUGCCUUCUGUGCUCAGCUUAUGUUAAUUUUCAGCCACUUCUUUUAUUUUUCUAUAAAUACUGUCUAUUCUUUUGUAGCAUGACUGAAAUGCUAUUUCCUUCAUUUGCUGACAAUAAUUCAAGUGGUUUUUGGUUCAUAAUGUUGUUCUUAUCUCUUGCCACUGAUGUUGGAGAGGAGAGGGUAUGUUGCACAACCACUUGACUUAGUGAGAAUCAGUGAAAGAUUGUCUUCAUUUGAGCACGAAACCUUUUCCAAACAAUAAAGCAGCCUUCCAGUUA